CACUUUUCUCUUUUUGCGCCGAUCCAAGUAACUUUUUCCCCUGUCGGUGCACGAUUUUUGUUCUGUGGCCGAAAUAGAGAAAAGUACAACAAAACCAUCAAGUAUGUCUGUUUUCGUCCAGGUUCCCCAAGCGACACCUGUUGCUGUCUUUAAACUGACCCAGGAUUUCAAUAACGACCAGUUCCCACACAAAGUCAACCUCGGAGUUGGGGCCUACCGGACAGAUGAAGGCAAGCCGUGGGUUCUACCGGUGGUGAAAAAGGUGGAGAAGAUCAUCGCCGCCGACGACAAGCUCAACCACGAGUACCUGCCCAUCCUCGGCUUGCCCGAGUUCAGAGCCUCGGCUUCCAAGAUCGCACUCGGAGAUGGCAGCCCUGCCAUCCUGGAGGACCGGGUUGGCGCCGUUCAGUGUCUUGGUGGCACUGGCGCCCUGAAGAUGGGGGCAGAGUUUCUGAGACGUUUCUACAAUGGAAGCAACAACACAAAGACGCCCGUUUAUGUCUCUGCACCUACCUGGGAAAAUCACAAUGGCGUCUUCGCCAACGCCGGCUUUGAGGAUGUCCGUCCAUACAAGUACUGGGAUGCGCAGAAGAGAGGCCUCGAUCUGUCUGGUUUCCUUGGCGACCUGGAGAGCUGCCCAGAACGCUCCAUCUUUCUCUUGCAUGCUUGUGCUCACAAUCCAACUGGCACAGACCCCACACAGGAGCAGUGGAAGCAGAUUGCUGAAGUGAUGAUGAGAAGAAAGCUGUUUGUCUACUUCGACUCGGCUUAUCAAGGAUUCGCCUCGGGCAGCCUGGAUAAAGAUGCCUGGGCGGUGCGUUUUUUUGUCUCCAUGGGCUUUGAAAUGUUCUGCGCACAGUCGUUCUCCAAGAACUUUGGCCUUUACAACGAGCGUGUUGGCAAUCUGACCGUGGUGGCUCGAGACUCCGACAACCUGAAGAGAGUUCUGUCCCAAAUGGAGAAGAUUGUGCGGACGACCUGGUCCAACCCGCCCUCUCAGGGCGCUCGCGUCGUGGCCAUCACCCUCAACUCACCCGAGCUCUUUACCGAAUGGAAGGAAAAUGUGAAGACGAUGGCUGACAGGGUGUUGCUGAUGAGGGCUCAGCUGAAGGCCAAGCUCCAGGCCCUGGGUACACCCGGAACAUGGCACCACAUAACAGAACAAAUUGGCAUGUUCAGCUUCACCGGCCUCAACCCCAAGCAAGUGGAAUAUUUGGUGAAGGAGAAACACGUCUAUCUAAUGGCCAGCGGUCGCAUCAACAUGUGCGGUUUGACCAGUAGGAACAUCAACUACGUGGCCGAGUCCAUCCACGAUGCUGUCACUAAGGUCCAGUAAAUGAUGCACUUCUCCAGACGACCUCUAUAUUCUGGACCUGUUCUUUUAUGCUGCGCACUUAAACACAGUAUAGUCACCUUAUCUUAAUUAUUUAGGACAAUAUCUUCCCUAAGUGGGUUCAAAGUGGACAUUUAAAUGUGUUUUAAUUGCAUUACAAUUAUUUAUUUGUUAUGUACAAGCAAUAUUUAAUUAAUACAAUACAAAUAUUUGGUGCCAAUCCUGAUUUAAAGGAUUGUAAUCUUAACUAUUUUAUAAUAAGUGUAAUGAAAAAAACACUUGAUGCUGGAUUAAAACCUCUAAAGGCCUUAGUGGCCACAUGCGUGGACAGUACAUUUUAGCUCUUUUCCAAAAUUGUGUACACUAUUGAAUUGGGGUCUUAUGGCCCUUAUGUAGACACUUAUGCUGCCAUCUGGUGGUGUCAGAAGAGUAUAACAUACAAUGGAAUUUGGGGGAAAAAAAGUGUAAAAAUAAGAAUUAGCAUGUCACUAAACAUGAAGUUUGUUACUUAUGGACUAAGUAAAUCAUAUAAAAAGAUGAGACUUAGUUUUUAUUUUAAUUAGGGUCCAAUAAGCCCAAAUAGCAAAGGGAAAUAUAAACCAAACACUUUGGCCUUAAGAGGUAUUAAAGGCAACUUGAAACAUGUAAUAUUGACCAUUAAAUCAAGUGAGAAUGAAAUUUAAAGGCCUACUGAAAUGAGAUUUUCUUAUUCAAACGGGGAUAGCAGGUCCAUUCUAUGUGUCAUACUUGAUCAUUUCGCAAUCCAUAUUUUUGCUGAAAGGAUUUAGUAGAGAACAUCCACGAUAAAGUUCGCAACUUUUGGUCGCUAAUAAAAAAAGCCUUGCCUUUACCGGAAGUAGCAGACGAUGUGCGCGUGACGUCACUGGUUGUAGGGCUCCUCACAUCCUCAGUUUGUUUAUAAUCAUAGCCUCCAGCAGCAAGAGCGAUUCGGACCGAGAAAGCGACAAUUUCCCCAUUAAUUUGAGCGAGAAUGAAAGAUUUGUGGAUGAGGAAAGUUAGAGUGAAGCACUAAAAAAAAAAAAAAAAAAGGCAAUUCAGAUGUUAUUAGACACAUUUACUAGGAUAAUUCUGGAAAAUCCCUUAUCUGCUUAUUGUGUUAAUAGUGUUUUAUUGAGAUUAUAAAGUCAUACCUGAAAGUCGGAGGGCUGCGGUGACCGCCAGUGUCUCUGAGAGAAGCCAAUGGAGGAGCCAAGAUGACCGCUGCUGCAGGAGGACACUAAAUCUGCACCAGUCACCGGCAAGAGCCGACUUAAUAUCACAAUUUUCUCACCCAAAAACUUGCUGGUUGACAUGUGGUAGAGAAACAUGUUCGCUAAAGCUUCACAACAAACAAAGAAACACCGGCUGUGUUUCGGUGGCUAAAGGCAGCUGCAAUCCACAGCUUUCCACCAAAAGCAUUCUUCUUUAUAGUCUCCAUUAUUAAUUGAACAAAUUGCAAAAGAUUCAGCAACACAGAUGUCCAAAUUACUGUAUAAUUAUGCGAUGAAAAUAGACUACUUUUAGCUGUGUGUGGUGUUGGGCUAAUAUUUCCCCUCCAACCAAUAACGUCACAAACACGCGUCAUCAUUCCACGACGUUUUCAACAAGGAAACUGCGCGGGAAAUUUAAAAUUGUAAUUUAGUAAACUAAAAAGGCCGUAUUGGCAUGUGUUGCAAUGUUAAUAUUUCAUCAUUGAUAUAUAAACUAUCAGACUGCGUGGUCGGUAGUAGUGGCUUUCAGUAGGUCUUUAAAUAGCCACUUAUCCUAGUAGUUGUGUCGCCUCCUGCUGGCCAGUAUUAAAACAUGAACAUGUUGUUCCACUGUGUAUAUCCAUCUGUCUUUAACAGGAAAUAUAAUGUGAAAAGUCUCCUUAGAAAAAGCUAUUUUACCACACUUGAAAUAUCUCAUUUAAUAAUGCGAGAAAUAACUACACAUGUCUUAAUGUGCACAAGACUUCAUGAUCAUUUCUAAUAAAAAUACAUCAAAACA